AUGAAAAUUAUAAUUUUUCUUGGACUCUUGGGAGUUACAUUUUCAGCCCCGCUUAUCCCACAACGCCUUUUGUCUGCAAGCAAUAGCAAUGAGUUACUUCUGAAUCUGAAUAAUGGUCAGUUUUUGCCACUACAGCUUCAGGGCCCAUUUAAUUCAUGGAUCCCCCCCUUCUCUGGCUUUCUACAACAGCAGCAGCAGGCUGGAAUUCCAGGACAGCCGCAGCUCUCACUGUCAACUCUAGACCAGUUUGCUGGACUAUCCCCAAAUCAGAUAUCUUUCCCCAGACAAGUCGGUUUUGCCCAAGGAGCUCAAGCAGGCCAGCUGGGCCCCUCACAGCCUCAGGCACUGCCACAGACCCAGCAGGGUCCUAAUCACAUGAUGCCUUAUGUAUUUCCCUUCAAAAUGCCUCAAGAACAAGCACAGAUGCUUCAAUACUAUCCAGUGUACAUGCUCCUACCCUGGGAACAACCUCAACAAACAGUCACUCAGUCACCCCAACAAACAGGGCAGCAAAAAUUUGAGGAACAGAUACCAUUCUAUACUCAAUUUGAAUAUAUUCCACAACAAGAAGAACCUGGUGUACCAGGAGGACAACAGCAAUUGGCUCUUGACACCCUCUUAGGCACAGCUCCUGAAACUGUUGUGAUGCCAGGAGGAGGAGUGCUACCAUAUUUACAGAAAGAAGUGAUAAAAUUUAGACAUGACAGUGCAGGAGCUUUCAUGCCUUCCACCUCACCAACACCCAGCAACACCAAGGCUUUUGCUUCUGCUCUAAAUCCAACUAUUGCCUCAGUGCUUCCAGAAGAGAAGGCCAAGACUGAUAACCUAAGAGAACCAUAA